AUGACAACACAUAGCAUUCCCACCUUCAAGCUCGUCGUCAUCGGCGACGGCGGCACAGGGAAAACAACCUUCAUCAAGCGCCAUCUCACAGGCGAUUUCGAAAAGAAGUACCUUGCAACUAUUGGUGUUGAGGUCCACCCAUUGGAGUUUUACACCAACUACGGCACCAUCCUAUUUGAAACUUGGGACACAGUGGGUCAAGUGAGAUAUUGUGGUCUCCGAGAUAGCUAUUACAUCAACGGCCAAUGUGCCAUCAUAAUGUUCGACGUAACUUCCCGAAUCUCCUACAAAAACGUCGCAAACUGGUACCGAGACCUCACUCGCAUCUGUAGCUCCAUCCCAAUCGUUCUCUGUGGCAACAAAGUCGAUAUCAAAGAACGCAAAGUCAAGCCCAAAGCAAUUGAUUUCCACCGCAAGAAGGAUCUCCAGUACUAUGAAAUCUCGGCAAAGUCCAAUUACAAUUACGAGAAGCCCUUCUUGUGGCUUGCGAGAAAGUUGGUGGGAAGAGAAGAUUUGGUGUUUGUGAAGAUGCCUGCGUUAGCUCCGGCUGAGGUUACGGUGGAUGCGGCGUUGCUUAGGGAGUAUGAGACUGAUUUUAUUGAGGCUACAUGUAUGCCCCUUCCUCAAUCGGAUGACGACUUAUGA